AUGAGCGGUGUUAUUGAAUUGGCGAAGAAGCAGUUUACUGCGAGUAAACUCAUCUUCAACGUCCUGUUCUGGGGCCUACAUUGGUUUCUCUUCGGUUAUGGAUGGUGGAAGCAAGACACCGAGCCCAGAUUAGCAGCGCUCAACACGCUCAAGUGGUCCGUCUGGAUUUCACGAGGUGCGGGAUUGGUCUUAUCAGUCGAUGGAACCCUCAUCCUCUUGCCGGUAUGCCGAACGCUUGUGCGUUGGAUUAGGCCAAAGGUCAAGUUUCUGCCUCUGGAUGAGAAUAUCUACUUUCAUCGGCAAGUUGCCUAUGCGAUGGUAACCUUCACCAUCCUGCACGUAUCUGCACAUUAUGUCAACUUUUUCAACGUCGAGAAGACUCAGAUUCGACCCGGCACAGCCAUCCAGAUUCACUACACGCAGGCCGGCGGCAUCACUGGUCACAUCAUGCUGUUCUGCAUGUUGAUGAUGUACACCACGGCCCACUAUCGUAUUCGACAGCAGUCCUUCGAAACCUUCUGGUAUACCCAUCACCUGUUUAUCCCCUUCUUUCUGGGACUGUACACCCACGCCGUCGGGUGCUUCGUGCGUAGCUCUACACUCCCCUUUUCUCCCUUUGCCGGCGCCGCAUUCUGGGACAAUUGCAUCGGGUACCAGGGCUGGCGAUGGGAGCUCUUCGCUGGUGGUCUGUACUUGAUUGAGCGAUUGUACCGCGAGAUCCGAGCCAAGCGUACUACCAAGAUCACUCGUGUCGUUCGCCACCCCUAUGACGUUGUUGAGAUCCAGUUUGAGAAGCCUUCUUUCAAGUACAAGGCAGGCCAAUGGCUCUUCCUGCAAGUCCCUUCGGUCUCGGGCUUCCAGUGGCAUCCUUUCACCAUCACUUCUUGCCCCUACGACCCGUAUGUCUCGGUCCACGUUCGACAGGUCGGAGAUUUCACCCGCGCCUUGGGUGAUGCGGUUGGUGCCGGUGGCGCGCAAUCCAAACUGUACGAAGGCGUUGACCCUAUGGGAAUGUACGAGGUUGCGCUCCAGAAUGGCCAACAGAUGCCAGACCUUCGUAUCGAUGGUCCUUACGGUGCUCCAGCAGAAGAUGUCUUCCAGAACGAAAUUGCUGUCCUCAUCGGUACCGGUAUCGGUGUCACGCCUUGGGCCUCGAUUCUGAAGAACAUUUGGCAUCUGCGAAAUGGACCCAACCCUCCCACUCGUCUCCGACGUGUCGAGUUCAUCUGGGUGUGCAAGGACACCGGUUCCUUCGAGUGGUUCCAGACCCUGCUUUCGUCGCUCGAGUCGCAAAGUAGCGAGGCUGCUCGCAUUCCCGGCAGCAACGGCGUCGAGUUCUUGAAGAUCCACACUUAUCUUACUCAGAAAUUGGACAUGGACAUGCAGCAGAACAUUGUCCUCAACAGUGUCGGAGCAGACCACGACCCCCUGACCGAGCUCAAGGCGCGUACCAACUUUGGUCGCCCCAACUUCUACCGGAUGUUCGAGGCGAUGCGUGAUGGAAUCAUGGACCGGACAUACAUCAACGGCCUCGAAGGCAGCAUGCAGACUACGGUCGGUGUGUACUUCUGUGGUCCUUCCGCAGCUGCCCGAGAUAUCAAGAAGGCAGCCAAGGCGGGAACCAGCAGGGAAGUACGCUUCCGCUUCUGGAAGGAACAUUUCUGA